AUGGACUUUGCAUUUGGACCUGAACCGUGCAUGGCGAUUGGGCAUGACAUUUUGGAUAUCGGCUCUCGCAAGGCACAAGCCAAGAGGCAGCGAGGAGCCUUGGGUGAUGCCAUGAGCCCGGCUCCACUGGAGUUGGGCAUGCCUGGACAGUUCGACCUGCCCAACGUGGAGGAUCCCGCCCGCUACUGCCGCACAAACUUUGCGUCCGUUUGUGGAACAGGCGAUGAGCACCAAGCCGUGAAGUUUGCCAAGGGAACCACGACUUUGGCAUUCAAGUUCAAUGAUGGAAUCAUCAUCAGUGUCGAUUCUCGAUCCACCAUGGGCAACUACAUUUCCUCUGGAACGGUCCAAAAGAUUAUCAAGAUCAAUCCAUUCCUCUUGGGAACCAUGGCAGGAGGUGCCGCCGAUUGCUCCUUUUGGGAGCGCAACUUGGGAAUGGAAUGUCGUCUCUACGAACUCCGAAAUGGACGACGCAUCACCGUGGCGGCCGCCUCCAAAUUGCUGGCCAAUGUCAUGAGCUCCUAUCGUGGAUAUGGACUCUCCAUGGGUACCAUGGUCACCGGAUGGGAUGAAACUGGUCCUCAGUUGUACUACGUCGAUGAUGAUGGUACUCGUCUCAAGGGAAGGUACUUCUCCGUGGGAUCUGGUUCCAUGUAUGCCUACGGUGUGUUGGAUACUGGAUACAAACCAGACCUGACGGUCGAUGAAGCCAUUGAGUUGGGCACUCGAGCCAUUUACCAUGCCACUCAUCGUGAUGCCGCUUCUGGAGGUAUCAACAACUUGUACCACAUGACCAAGGAUGGAUGGAAGUUCAUUCAUGCCGUGGAUGUCAAUGAUUUGCAUUACAAGUACGCGGAGGAAAAGAAGAAUGCCAUGGCAACCUAA